GUGAGCCUGCUGCAGUUCGCGGGCCUUCUGGCUCUCUUGGACCUGGACAUCGACCUCCUCAUGGGAGAGCAGGAGGCUGUCGUGCUGGGACAGAUGUUCCAGAAAGGCGCAGUGGAGGUGACUGAGCUUGUUCACGGCACAACGAACAGGUUGCCUGUGGGAGGAGGAAAGACUCAGGUGAAGUGGGGACAGGUUGGGCGCUUCCUCGCGCUGCGAGCUCUGCGUGGGCGCACGUUGCGGCGCUGGGGCAAAUCUGAUGCGG